AUGGGAAGUAGCGUCGUGUUCAAAAAAUCCCAGACAGAAUCGAUUCGAGAAUUGCAGCUCCAAAAUGCUACAAACCCAGUGCAUACUCUGGCCGGUGAUAGCAACACCGACCAUUUCCAACUGAAUGUAACGGCCGCGAUAGCGGUAGGAAAAGAAGUGAACAUAACAACAGGGGCGGUCAGUACAACGGUGGAAAAGACAAUAUAUACAGACGACUAUCUUGCUGUUUACCAGGUGGGGGCGGUGCUCCUUCCACUGGAACUUUUUGGGGCAGCUGCUUCACCUACAGCAUCUAAGCCUGAGAAGACGAGACCCAGUACUGAAGACACUGCUACUACUUCGGAGUCUUCGGGUGCAUUUGGUCCAAACCCACAAUUGCCAAUGAAGCCAGACUCCAGUGAAGGAAGUAAGUUUUCUCAACUCUCCUCUCCCCUGUACUGA